AUGACCCAGGAUUCUGCUUCGCAAAAAUUGGAUACGUUAUGCUCGCUCGGACAUGCUCGCAAGAUGGGACAUAUCGAAAACUACUUUGCUUUAGCUCAGAGGCAAGAUCUGUAUUCGAAUUUCGGACUUUUUUGCGAGAUGAACAAGACAUUUUCGACGGAACAACUGUCUUCCGCCUUGCGAGUGAUCUGCUUGGAACAUCCACUUUUACUACACACUGUGGUGGAAAACAAAUUUGCUGGAGAUGGUAAUUUCUAUCAAAGUAACGAAUAUUUGUCAAAGCCCUGGGCCGAGCAUGACUACAUUCGAGUGCUUGAAAAACUGCAUAUUUCAGAUGUGCUGUUAAACACAGAAGUUGAAUCAAAUGAUGUCGUUGCUAAGAUACUAGCAGAAUUCCGAAGCAAUGGUGGCCGCUACACAAGUCAGAUUUUCCAGCUUGUUAAUUCGAUUCGCAUACCUUACAAUCACGAUUCGAGGCCCAAUUGGCGGGUCCUAUGUUUCUUCGAAGACAAUGGUACUUAUUGCCGCAAAUUCUUAUUUUUGUCGAACCAUUGUUGCAGUGACGGCGUGUCUGCCUCUAAUUUCGUUCACGACUUACAGGCACGUUUGAAUGAUCCCGAAUUGCCCUCUACCAACGUAGGUGCGAUAUUCAAUUAUAGCCAGGACUACUGCCUUUUGCCGAAGCUUCCUGCUCCAAUUGAGUCGAAACUCGAUUAUAAAGCGCCAAAAAUCCAUCUGGCGCGCAUGGUUGGCAGCCAGGUAGUUCGAGAACUUGCCGGUUAUAAGUCGACUGGACCACCUAUAAAAAGGGUGAGUGAACCGGAUGGAAACGAAUUUUACAGUGUUUUUUUGAAACUUUCUUCGCAGGAGUUAACACGGGUGAAAAUGAGAAUGAAAACUCAAGUGCAUUCGAGAUGCACUUUCACCCCAUUCUUGCAAGCUUGCUGGUUCGCGACAAUGCACAAGUGCGAGAAGAUUUUUACGAAUAGUUUGAGAGAGCGAUUGACAAAUAUCUUGGUCGCUAUGAACACUGCGGCACUACUGCCAUCCGAUGAUCAUAAGCUCAUGCGAGACUACCGGUUCGGUUGCAAUGUUGGGGGCACGAAUUACAACUAUCUGAUUUCAUCCUUCGAUGUGGCGGAUGAUCCAAAAGCUUUUUGGAAACUAGUAGAAUACUACUACGACGUAUUUGGUGAAGCAAAACGCCAAAAUCAUUUUCUCAACUCAUUGGGCGCUUUGAUGCUAGAUUCAAUGUAUGAAAGUAAAAACUUGGAUCAUGCCAUCACACAAGCUUUCCUAAAUAAGCCGCGUAUGGGUACCAUGUUAAGCAAUGUCGGCUUUUUUCCACAGCAGGGAGGAGCUGGAGAAUAUCAAAUCCAAGACCUAAUAUUUGCACAGGCAACAGGCAGUUUCAGGUUCACGUUUGACCUUAAUUGUUGUUCCACAGACGUGGGUGGAUUGAACAUCGUCUUGUGCGCGGCAAAAGGGGCCCUGCCAAGUGGUGACGACUGGAAUGAAGUGGGUCAGUUAUUCAAGAGUAUCAUGCUUACGGCGUAA